GUAGAGUUGUAGAGUAGGCUGUGCCAUUGCCAUCAUAUUCCUAUCUCCAUCCUUUGCUGCUCUUGUCUGAGCCUUGUUCACUUGUCAUUGAUAUCGCUAACAUCAAAUCUUUAAUUUUGUGGGCUGAAUUUCGAUUUAUUCCUCUACCAUUGGCAUGGUAGAUCAUUAGGAUAGUUCUAAUAGUUAGAAUAUCCUGCAAAAGUUUGAAUUUAUUUAUUCCGAAGUGGCUAAAAAUCAUUCAUCAUUCCGUCGAUAGAUAAAAGGCAACCUCCAGGGUGGCCUAUAUUCAGUAAGGGUUCGGGUCGGCUGGCCUUCGGCGGUUGCCUGGUUGCUCGACCUCUCUCGGCACGCUUUGACUGGCGCGAAUCUCUGAACGGCGAUCCUCCUUGGCUCGGCUGACAUAGUUACUACUGACAGCGACCCUGCUGCAAACGCUGCUUCCUUCCUGAUAGCCCCACUCCCCUACUCUGUCCGAGACUGGACGUAAGCUGCCUCUUUGCCUGAUUAGACUAUAUAAUUGCUGUGCCCAGAGUCUCAGCGUUACCAAUCGGUCAGCCUUAAUCUCGGCUGAAAUCUCCAACUAUUAUCUUACCUAUUCCUUACACUAACCUUGUUCUUUCUUGCUAAGUAAAUAUUGUCAAUCUGUGACUUUCCUAAAACUCCUAAAACCUCCCACUUCUUAACACCAAAACUGCUAAGUAAAACAAUCAAAAUGAGGAUUGGAGAAAUCGAAGAACAAAUCCAUAUUUUGGAGCCACAAUCAACAGCGAUGACUGUCCUCAAGAACAUUAUUGAUUCAGGGGUUCAAGAAGAUGCUUUCUACGUACUAGAUGUUGGAGAAAUAGUACGUCAACACAAAGAGUGGAAAAUGAAGCUACCGAGAGUUGAACCUUUCUAUGCUGUAAAGUGCAAUGACCAUCCAAUAUUGCUGAAAGUUUUGGCUGCAUUGGGAACUGGAUUUGAUUGUGCGUCCAAGGGUGAGAUGGUGAAAGUGUUGGAUAUGGGCGUUGAUCCACACCGCAUUAUAUUUGCUAACCCGGCAAAAAUGGCCUCUCAGAUUCGUCAUGCUGCGUCUCAGGGAGUUGAUCUCAUGACCUUUGACAACGAGUGUGAACUGCAUAAAAUCAAAACUCUGUUCCCUGCUGCUCGGUUGGUGAUCCGCAUCCGCGCAGACGCGGCUGACCCACAGUGUCCUCUGGGCAUGAAGUUCGGCUGCGAUGCAGAUGCAGACGCGCCUCGCCUUCUUGAGUUGGCCAAGACUCACGGCCUCAACGUUUGUGGAGUCAGCUUCCACGUGGGUAGCGGCUGUCAAGAGCCGGCUGCUUACAUGCGGGCCAUUGCCAAGGCGAGACUCAUCUUCGAUCACGCCGCCAAAAUCGGCUACAACUUCACUAUUCUCGAUCUGGGUGGCGGCUAUCUUGGCAACAAGGAUUCUUCUAUUGACAAGAUGGCUGAAGCAAUCAACUGCGCCCUGGAUACGCAUUUCCCAGUUUGCGAGAGAGUGAUGGUGAUUGCCGAGCCUGGUCGCUUCUACUCGGCAGCUGCAUUCACAUUGGCCACCAACAUCCACAGCAAACGCAACUGCCCCAGUCACACCAUGUACUACAUCAAUGACGGUGUCUACGGAUCGUUCAACUGCAUUCUCUAUGACCACGCCAAAGUCAAGCCGUUGGCCUAUCCUGUUGGUCAGCGCGCUCUACCUACCAAGGUGGAAAAGUGCUCCAUCUGGGGUCCAACUUGUGACGGACUUGAUCAAGUGAUGGACGCGGCUCUACUGCCGCCAUUGGACAUUGGCGAUUGGAUCAUUUUUGAGGACAUGGGAGCAUAUACUCUGCCUGUUGCCAGCACUUUCAAUGGAUUCCCUCUGCCAAAAGUUCAUGCUGUCAUUUCUGAACCCCUUUGGCUACUUCUGAAAGAUCGACUUCCUCUCUCUGAGGAUAAUUUCUCCAUGGACACCACUCCAUUCUGGUUGAGCUCUUGGACCCAAGAAGAAGAAGAAGAAGAGACCACUAUUCCAUCACUUUCUUCAUUCCUGUAUGAUCAGCUGCUCUGAAACGAUGUCUGGUUUGAUAGGAAACGACGACCUCAUAGAACAUGGAGCUGAGACAAAAUACUUGCACAACUUACGCAGUCACAUUUCAAGUUGAAAUUUGAGAACAUUUUCACACAAAAAACUUUAUGCGACAAGAGCAUCGUGUUAUUAUCUGCCAGGAGUCAUGAAUUUAUAUCUUAGUUUCUAUUUUAUAAGUAUAAAUUACAUUACAACAUAAACGGAACCAAAGUGUGUAAAUCACAUUUUCAGCAGGACUAUUCAGAAGUGGGAUAAUUUCUCGCCCAACUAAUUUUGCGUUUCUGUUUAAAAUGAGAAUUUUUCACUAUUUUUUGGAAAAUUCUGUGCCCGUACUCUUGUGACUGGCUGGCGAAUGUUGGUUUCUCAUUCCACAAUAAGAUAUGAAGGAAACCCCCUACAAGAUUACAGGUCUGUGUGUAGGAGGGAUUCUUUAACAGUGUAAUGUCGUUUUCACCAAGUAACAGCUAGAGAUUUCCUUGACCUUAUAUUAGUAUGGUAGUUUCAACUAAAUAUAUUGACUAAAAUGAUAAUAUGACUAUUAAAAUUGACUGGAAACGCUAGCUUUUUCAUGAAGUCUCAACAAUAAAUUUGGUUGUUGUAGGAGUAAAAGUCAGAUUCUUCAUCUAAUUAGAUGGUGGCUAAUUCCCAUUUCUAUUGUAAGUGGAUUUUUCAUCUGAGAAAACAUUCAUGAUUAAUAGUAUAUCUUCGUGUUAUUUGUGAAUACUUCUACAAUAAUAAUUGGUUUGAAAUUAUUUAUUUAGUGUUUUUACUAGCUUCUGCAAUAAUGUGUGUGAGCACUAGUUAUAAGUAAUAAAUAAAUAUGGUGUGAUUUGCAGUCUGGAAUCACGAGUACUAUUUAGCGGAUUUGAAUCUUCAUUAGAAAUGCUGUAAACCCUGGCGGAUUUUUAUGAUGUUUCUGGAAUCGCAAACUUUUAAUGAAUUCCUCAAAAGAGACUAUUGCAAAAUGGCAAUUUUCGUCAUUCCGUUAGGCUAACAAUUCGCCUUUAUACUGGUUUCAUUUUGUUUUUUGAGGCGAUGGUAACACGGGAGGCCAUAAGGCUAAGACAAAAUACCUCUUGAAUUAUGGGGUCUUAGCAUAUAUCUUUUCAUGUGACUUUAUUCUCUUAAUUUAGAUUUUGUAAUGUCCUUAUCACAAUUAUUUCCAAAUAUUAUUUCCUUACUAUUUUUUUCAUAUUAAUGUUAUUAUUGUGCAAUUGGUUCAUGAAACGUAGCACAUCUAUAUGAAAUAAUAUGUUAUUGUCAAUUAUUUUCAAAGUUGAUGCUUUAUUGAAACUGUUUUCUUAUAUUUGAGCUAUUGAUGGUCUAUUAUAUACUAUUUCCGUUUUUGAGGUUAACUUGACCGUUUUCUAAUACUUGAUUAGUUUCAAUAAUUAGAAUACUGUAAUUGAAUAUUAUAAUAGUUGGUAAUUGGAGUAGUAUAACAGUUGGUUGGUAGCUCUUGAGACCCUGGACACAGCUUCUAUAUAAAGUCGCAGUUAUUGAACGCAAUUUCUAUUGCUGCAAUAUCUGUUGACGAGUCUAGAUGGUAAAGAGGCAGCUUUUAUGUCUGAAUGAAUGACUAUAGUUUUAAUUUCAAUGAUUGUAUAUCUGUGUUAAUUAGAAUUCAUAUAAAUCUUACUAAACUCUAUUAUUAGCCUAUAGCUAUAGUAUAUUAUGGAAUAUUCAUGGUUUCAGUUAACUUAUCACUAUUAAUCUAUUAAUAAGGAUUGCUAAUUAAUAAAGUAUGUUUGAUUGUAUUCCAUGCAAGCAAAA